AUGGCAGAUUCAUCAGAUCACGAUUCAACACCAUUGUCAUAUUUCAAGUAUGAUGUUUUUCUGAGCUUUAGAGGUUACACAAGAUUCGAAUUCACAGACACGCUCUAUCAUGCUUUGAUCAACAACAGAAUCGAGACCUUCAGAGAUAGCGAGGAGCUCAGAAUAGGCGAGGAACUGGAAGGUGCUCUUGUUGAAGCAAUUGAAAGAUCAAGGAUGUCAACUGUUAUACUGUGUGAUGAGUAUCCAACUUCCAAGUGGUGCCUUGAUGAACUCGUCAAGAUCAUGGAGUGUUCCGGCAACGGAACAAAGCGACCGGUGUUACCGGUCUAUUUCCGUGUGGCAAAAUCAGAUGUGCAGUUUCAGAAAAAUAAGUAUGAAACAGCCAUGGCUGCUCAUCAAGUAAAAGGAAGAAACAACCACAAGUUGGAAGCGUGGAAGUCAGCUUUGUCUCAAGUAGGCAAGAUUUAUGGUCAACGCUGUGAUCACAAAACACCAAGCGGCUUGGCUAUUGAUAAGAUUGUUGAAGAGGUCAAAAAAAGACUUCCUCCCUUGCCUCUGUAUAUUGGGCGUCCACUUGGAUUUGAUUCUGAACUUGAAGCGGCCAAAUCACUUCUAGAGAUCGAUUCUAAUGCCACAUGUUUCACGUUGGGGAUUCAUGGAGAUGGUGAUGAAAUAAGCAUAUUUGUUGCUGAGUUGUAUAACAAGAUUAGGCCUCAUUUUGUAGCUGCAAGUGUUCUUUCAAAUGUCAGUGAGAAAACUAAUAAAAGCGGUGGUGGCCUAGAAGAUCUACAAAUGACACUUCUUUCUGAGAUGGGAGAGGAGGUGAAGUCUAAGAUUGGAAGCACAUUCAAAGGAUCCUCUGAAAUAAAACGAAGACUAGGCCAAAAAAGAGUCCUUCUGGUUUUGGAUGAUGUUGAUAGUACACAUCAACUGAAUUCGCUAGCAGGAGGAAUUGAUUGGUUUGGUCCUGGUAGUAGGAUCAUUAUAACAACAAGAUACGAAGACGUGCUAGAUGAUCAUGCUUUAAACAAUGGUGUUGAGGUUAGGAAAUAUUGCAUCACCAAAGGCAGUGGUUCUACUGUGAAGGAAGAAAAUGUAGUGGGAUUGGAGAAAGAUUUUGAAAUUGUGAUUAAUCAACUCAAGGAAGAAGAUUCUCCCGGGAAUGUUGUUUCCAUUGUUGGCAUGGGUGGGAUAGGGAAGACCACCCUUGCUCGAAAGAUCUACAAUAGCGACGAGGUCAAGAAGCUAUUCCCUUGCCGUGCAUGGGCAACUGUUUCCAAGGAUUACAGAGAAAAGGAAGUUUAUAAAAGCCUUCUCAACUGUCUGAAACCUUCCAGUUCCAAAUCUAAGCUUGAAGAUUUAAGUAGUAAAGAGGAGCUGAAGGAGGAGGUGAUGCAAUGUUUGAAAGGGAAAAAGUAUUUGGUAGUUCUGGAUGAUGUCUGGGACACUAAAGCUUGGGGUACUAUAAAGGAUUGUUUCACAAAUAACAGCAGUGGUGGCAUGAUACUAUUAACUACACGUAAUGAUCAAGUGGCCUACUUUUCAAGGUCAAAGGAUCUUCAUCACAAGCUUUCCUUUAUGGAUAAAGAAGAAAGCUGGAAACUGUUCAGUCUUGAGGUGUUCUGUGGAGAAAACUGUCCUCUGGAACUAGAACCUAUUGGUAGAUCAAUUGCUAAAAGUUGUAAGGGUUUACCAUUGGCUAUCAAAACCGUAGCCGGGUUUGUCUUGAAGAGGGAGAGAUCAGAAGAUGCAUGGAAAGAAAUUAUGAAUUUACUCCCUUAUUGUUGUGUUACUGAGGACAAGGAAAGUAGUGAGGCAAUGAAAGGGAUCUUGAAGUUUAGCUAUGAUGAUUUGCCCAACAAAUUGAAGCCCUGCUUCUUGUAUCUUGGAAUCUUUCCUGAAGAUGAUGAGAUUCGAGUGAGAGACUUAAUCCACCUGUGGAUGGCAGAAGGGUUCAUAGAGCAAAUUCAAACUGGAAGAUCAGAAGAAGCACCACCAGAACCUGAAGAUAUUGGUGAGCAAUACUUGAAGGAGCUAGUGGAUCGUAACUUGGUACAAGUGGCAAAGAGAAGGAGUGAUGGCAAAGGCGUGAAAACAUGUCAGAUUCAUGAUCUCAUCCGGCAACUCUGCAUUUCAGAGAGCAAUAAUAGAAACAACAAUGCUUGUAGAUUUUUCUUUCCCAACAACAUAGGAUCCUAUGCAUGUUCAGUAACAUGUAAUCAAUCAUGCACUCGCUCUUUGCUCAUUCAUGGAGAUGCACGAGGGUGGUCACAUCAUAUUCCAAAAAACUGCCGAGUUAAUGUGCUAUAUCUUGCAAAAUGGUGGGUAAUCGCUACUGUAACAGAGAAAGAGUACUUGAAAACGUUGAAACAUCUCAGGUACUUGAGAAUGGACUAUUUUGACGGAUAUAAUAAGUUUCCGAGUGUAGAAACUUUACAUAUAUCUCAAUAUUUUCUGAAGGAGUUUAGUAUUGGGGGGUGGAAGCAACUGAGACAUCUUCAUUGUGAACUUUGCAUGAACUUAUUAGUAGAUGAAAAACAAGGAGUAAAAGAUAAAAUGCAGCAUGUCCAAACUCUAUGUUAUGUGUAUGCCGAUUCACAUCUAGAGUUCUUACUCGACAAUGGCUACUUCCCCAACUUGAGAACACUUGGUUUAGUGAUCAUUGAAGACCCAUAUUCAUUUUCGGAGCCUGUAGAGGAAAACUUAAGGAGCCUGCAUCGCCUAAACAAUCUACGCUUUCAAAAUUUGGAGUCCAUAGACAUGAAAAUCUUGGGACGAAUUCCCAGACUUGAAGUUUUAAAAUUAGAAGAUGUAAAUUGUAUGGAAAUCCUUGAUUGUGGUAGUGAUAGGAGCUUUCCGCGGCUUCAAGUGUUUAUGAUGAUACAUGUGAUUGUGGAACGUCUUACGUUAGAAGAUGGUGCAAUGCCUUGCCUUCGACGUGCGGUCUUCCAUAAGUGCCCUGGCUUGGAGUUGAAGAACCUUCCAGAACAAAUGAGUUCCUUGGGUUGUAACCUGGAGUAUGUACAGUGUGAAGAUUCUUAUCAAAUGACGGAUGAUGUUUAUUUUGAUGAUGAUGAUGAUUAUAAACUGGAUCUUGAUUUGGACCUCAUCAAUGUCAUAGACAAGUAUGCUAUUUAAUCCGUUAGAAACUCUCUACUUCACGCUUCACCUGAGUUUUCACGGUUUAAUCCUCUUCAUGCUUUUAUGCUUUUGCCAAUGUGAAUCAUUCUAACAUGUAUAAUCAUGUAAGAGAAAUGCAUUGUAUUGUAAU